AUGGCUUCUGCAGAAGAUAAUGAAAUUAUUAAAACUUUAUUGCAGCAUCAGUUUGGAUUUAUCAUUUCAAAGGUUGUGUUUACUGCCUGUGAAUUGGGAGUUUUCGAUCUACUUUUGGAAUCAAAAGAGCUCCUGAGUUCAGCAGUUAUCGCUGAACGCUUGGGCACCAGCCACAUAGGAAUGAAAAGGCUGCUAGAGACCUGUGUGGGCUUAAAGUUACUAAGAAUGGAGAGGAAGGACAACGAAGGCCUUUUUGGAAAUACAGACCUCGCCAACCUCUGCUUUGCUAAAUCAAGCCCAAAGACCCAGUAUUAUUACAUGAAGUUCCUAUCUGAGGUCACUUAUCCAGGUUUACAAUACUUGACUGAUGCUGUAAGGGAAGGAAAAAACCAAACUCAAUCUGUGUAUGCCACUGCAGCAAGAGAACUUUUUGAGGCUGCUUACAGUACAGAAGAAAGGCUGCAAAGAUUCUCCAAUGCUAUGGGUGAAGCCUGGAGCCUACAUGGUCAGGAAAUGUUGUCUGCAUUUGAUCUUUCCUGUUUCCAAGUUGUUUGUGAUGUGGGAGGAGGAAAUGGUACUUUAGCCAAAGAGUACAUUUCGUUGUACCCAAAAGCUACUGUGACCAUUUUUGACUUACCUCGAGUAGUAGAAGCAGCAAAGAAACAGCCUGUGGCCUCAGAAGAAUGCCAGAUUUCCUUCCAGGAAGGUGACUUCUUUAAAGAUCCAGUUCCUGAAGCUGAUCUGUAUAUUUUAGCCAGGACCUUGCAUGAUUGGGAUGAUGAUACAUGUGAGCAACUGCUCAUGAAAAUAUACAAGGCCUGCAAACCUGGUGGCGGAGUGUUGGUAUUGGAAUCAGUUCUCGAUGAAGACAGAGCUGGACCUUUGACAGCUCAUCUUCGUUCCGUAAUUAUGCUGCUUCUUACCGAAGGAAAACAACGGACCCUAUCUGAGUUCAGUAACCUCUUCAGUGCAGCUGGCUUCAGGGAGCUUCAGAUCAAGAAAGGAAAUCUUUAUAGUGCCAUUUUGGGAAGAAAAUAA